CGGAACAACCAUCGUUGGCUGGGAGCAAGAGCGAGGCGAUGACGCUGAUCCAAGGGCAGGUUUUUAAGACUGCAGGCAGUCCCGGCUCGGUUUGGUUGGAAAGCUGGGUCGGUAUGACCUGAAUUUUUGGCUUUAUUCCCCUUUUACUUCUCCAUUUCAUUUCUUUCAUUCUAGGCAGGGCCCGUUUUCCUUUCGAAGAUACAAUAUACUGUGUCAUACCUUCAUUUCAUUCCAUGUGGCAUAUACUUGGUUUAAGACGGCUUUCUCAAAGAUUUCCUUGGGUGUGUUCUGGGUGGAGUUGCGCGUUGGGGUUUGGCAAAGCCGAUAAUAUAAAUCACCACUAAAAAGCAUCAAAAUCCAACAUGAGGCGCGGUAAUCGUCAAGGCCAGGAGGUGGCAGAUGCUCUACGCAUUGUGGUUCGCGAAUUCAAUGCGCCAUCCUUUGCAGCCACAAUGCCACCCGAUGCCGAGCGGCCUAGCCCACCGUCAUCGCCAGACACGCCUGGAUCGGCCGCCAGUUCUGUAGCUUCAUUGUCGCCAUCACCAACCUCGGGGGUUUUCCCUUCUGGAACAGCGGAGUUGCCCCCGCCAACACGCAAUCCCUUGCCACCGCCUAAACCUACCACAGAGGCAGAGUCUCCGUCUCCGGCCACGACGACGUCCCUAUCCCGGAAUCCUACGUCUCGUCCAUCAUCUGCAACACUUCAACCGACAGUGACCAGUUCCACCCAGCCAUUCAUCACCUCUACCGUCGCUGCAACAACUACUCCGAUAGUGGUAUUCCCAACUGAAACCACAUCCUCGAUCACCAGCUCAACGACGACAAACACCGAAUCCCCCGCUAAGCAGGUACAAAACACAGCCACUUCUGGAGCCCCUGCCACCUCGACCAGUGACUCAAGUGAUGGAAUUGGUCAGCCCGUGCAAGGGGAGAGCGUGACUUCUUCCAACCAAAGAGGAACCAUCGGGGCGGGGAUAGCAGUAGGGACCAUCGCUGGUGUGGGACUAUUAGUCUCCCUCAUAUUCCUGCUAUGGAAAUGGCGCCGGCGCCGCAGUCAUGCCAACCAAGAUCACUUAUCCAACUUACCGCCCGCCGGUUACCGACCAAGACAGCCGGGUGGCUCAGUCAAGUCGGACACGAGGAUCAUGGAUGAGCUCAUGGCGGCGGCUUACGAUGCAGAGAAUGGCGGCGAUGCCUAUGGCGGCCCUGGACAUGGCGUCUGGGACGACGGCGGCUACAUGCGCGAGAAGCAUGGCGGGUAUGAGGAUGACGAGGACGCGAUCUUGCAACCCGAGCCCACUGCUGCUCCCAAGCUGAAAGAAUCCGUUUCCAACUGGCUCAACCGUCACAGUCACCAUAUGGUUAACCCACUGGAAGCAAGAGCCAGCAUGGUAUCCAGCACAGCCGGCAAUCUACCCCCUGGAACCCUACCUCCGAUGUCGCCACGUUACGUCCCGAGCGUGUACAUCCCCUCCUCAGCUGAGAGCGCCAUUCAAGUCGCCGCCGUCCCUCCACCCUUAGAUCCGCGGUUCAAUCCCGCGCAACGCAGCGAGCCCAACCCCGUCCCGGCGGAGAUGCCCGAGCCGGACAGCUUAGGAAUCUACAUGUCCAAGAAGGCGAAGCAGGAGCAGGAGUUAUCGUACUACUUCCAGGACAUACCGCCCGAGCUUCAAUCUCAGGCAAAACAAACGGCACCGACUCCUGCUGUCGCGCCUACCGAGUUCACGAGCCGCACCUCGGGCACGUGGAAUACGUGGGGUGUAAUGCAGCAUCGGAACGAGCCGCAGCAGUCGUCGUGGAAGGAAAAGUUUAGUCUCAACAUGAGACCAAGCACGUGAGAUUACGAGAAAGGUCCGAGAAAGGUCCAAUGAAUGAAGGAGUGGUUUGUGCGGUGCGGAGAGCGCUCGAUGGUAUAAUCUAAUAACCACUCGAGAUCGCUCGACCAUGAGUGCGUUGCUCGAGUCCAUGGUCUCGCGCGGGCGCUUGGCAUGUGUGCUGUUACUCUUUGACCGCAUCCAUCAAGCUGGAGAAUGUCGCUGGGAUCAUCAUCUCAGGCUGUCAACGUUGCGAGACGGGUUGGCGAAUGUAGGCAUUCGAUGUCUUCAGAGCAGCACAGAGAUGGCUUUGACAGGUGAAGGCGGAAAGUCAUUCAAUUCUACGAAUAUUGUGUGACAAGCAAGUCACAUGGCAACGCACAAGAAGAUAGCUAAUUUCACAUCGAACUCACGUGGUGGUGACAAUAGAUAGUAGCUCAAGAGGUUU